GGUUUUGUGGUAAACAUCCGUUUUAUUUGGAUUCCAACCAUAAUUGCAUGCUACAUUUGUUCGUUUGAAGUUGGUGCGUUUUGUAAUAUUGUGUCUUCCACGGUUUGUUUGUAUCACAUGCGAUGUCGCGGCUCCCCUUUCAGUCUCUAAAAAGAAAUAUCCAUCAAGUCCUGGUUCCUUGAGAUCAGAGUUUCAUCCAAGUAACGCUAGCACCAGCAAACGUCCACGCGUGUUGAAUCAUCGAUAAUGAUUGCAUAUCGCUUUUUCCAGCGUUUCCACAAUUAAGCGUCCUGCUGCUGUAUUGAUACUAGUAAUUACGAUCAUAUAAAGACGACGAUACGGAAUCGAAAAACGAAGAACGGAGAAUGAACGAGAAAAUCAGAUCACACGUGUGGUGGUGGCCGCCGUUGUGCGCAAGAAUGCGUAGAGUUAAUUUGGUGACGGAAGCACAUGCAUUUUUGCCCUCGAAUACCGUUUUUCCACCCCAAAUUUGAUCCGGAUUUCGUAUUCCAGCAUUGCAUGAUCUUGAUGCCAUGGUGCAAUCAAUACACACCCACACACACACAAACCAUCCGAUAAGGAUCCGAUUCGAGUUUCGAGCUUGAGCUCCUCCAGCGUUCAUUGGCGACGAAACGAUGCAGGACACCGGCCUGCUGCGUGAUGAUGCCUUCCACUCGGAAAAUGAAUUGCCGUGUGAUGGUAAUGAAUGGAAUGAAAAAUCGAAUAAUACGAUAAUAAAUACAAGCAUGUGCGUGUGUGUGUAUGUGUGCCUGCAUGUGCCGAUCGUCCGAUAAUGAUGAUUGAAAUUCGAUAAUAAAAAAGCAUAAAUAAUGGAAAAGGAUAUCCUAGCACCGAGCAGCGGCCAACGUGGUGUUGCAUACCAGCUUGACAUUCCCGGUGCCGGCCAGCAGCUAGUGGAUACCAGUGAUACGCCACGGCCACAGCUUCCUUUGGAAUGGUCAGUGUUUCCCUUUUUCCUCUAUCUCCCUUUGCUGGGGGUGUCCAGAAUAGUUGCAUUCCAUUGUGGGUGAUCGAUGCAAAAACAAAAUAAAAGGGCAAAUAGCGAAAUCAAGCCACCACCAGCAUCAGCACGCUCCGAUACGACGCUUCUAAGGGAACGCACUGCACCGCCCUUCCUUGGCCCCUUUCCAAUUUCCAAGCUCCGGCAUUCGAUGCAUCAGUGUUACCGUUUUGCUUAUGGCACAAUUAAAAUGAUAUUUAAAACACCCUGGUCUCGCACUUGUCGUUCGUUGGGGCCGACGGUCGGUUGGUCCGGUUGCGAAAGGGCUGCAUGAAUUAAUUCAAUUUAAAUUGAUUUUCAUCUGGUUUUGCGUCUGAUUUUCGCAAACCGUUCGCCGGUCGAUCCGAUUUCAAAUGGAAACCUGCAAGCGUACCCGAGGUUGUGUGUUGAAUGUACACUCGGCAGAACGUUACUGCUGUUCGUUCUCGCUCUACGGCAUGCAUUCAUGAUUGCACGUGGACGAUCGCUUUUUGCUGUCGCUUGGAAAAUACACCGCAGUUCCGUUGCAGUUCGUUGUGCUGUCGGGCGCCUUUUUUGCUUCGUGACGAAAAAGCUGGUCUAUUUGCUUCUGCUGAUAUUGACCCAGUUCCGAUGGAUGAAGGGGACCAACCUUUUUUGUACGAUUUGUACGGGCUGUGAGUUCAGGAAGUUGAUUCGUCGUCCUAAACUUGUGCGCGCUAUGAUUUGGAUUUGUUACUCGCACUUAGUGUACUCGGUUAAAACGAAUAUUGAAGUAAUGAAUAUCAAUAAGUGUGCUUUUGUUGUGAAAAUGAUUUGCCUUAAAACAUGGUUUGAUGUAGUUGUAGUUCUCUGGUUGACUAGAACUCAAUAUUGUGCUCCUAAGCAUUGCAUUUAACUUAUGAAUCUGCAUACAACGAAACGUGAUUGCCACGUAAGGAUCAAACUUUAGAAUUUGUGCAACCUUCAAAUGUAACUUGUUGAUUUAGAUAGCGUUUGUUAAAUAUCUAUUGUUUCAUUUGAAAAAAAAAAUUCCUUUACUGAACGCAAAAUCCACUAUUGAGCAGUACCGAUCUUGUGGACGUGUAAAGAUAGCGUAGAAGAUAAGAUACCAUAUGCCCUGAGCAGACAGUCCCAAACCACUGGUAGCCGCAGGAAGCUUCCUAUGAUAACUGCCAUGUAAUCAGCCGUGUGUGUGUGAUGUGUGAUUUCAUGAUAACUAGCUCUGUAGUGCACCAAAGGCUUUCGAGCGCAGUUACUAGUCUUAAGUUGGAGGGAUGAUGGUUCCGCCGCAGGAUGUCUUGCUCAGGAGGUACAGACCAAAGCAUGUUCUGUAAAGUGGCAAAGCGUACCAGCUGAGGAGUUGAGAAAUGAAAAUAUAAUAAAUUGUGACGUGAUUUUGUAACAUUACUAACGAUUGUUCUGUUUGCUGUUUCGGAUGCUAACCCAUUUGUUUCUCCUAGUGUUGUCCCCAUUCGUUUCCUUCACUAGUCAUCCGAUGAUCGGUGGGUGUUUGACGAUAGGGAUGCAUUAUGCUUACUACACACAGGUGCUCGAUGUGUGGAUUUCGGAAUUUGUUCCAUUUUCAAGUGUCUCAUGCCAUUCAUUUUCAAAAGCAGCAGUAGCGUCUCUCGCUCAUGUGAUCGGAAUGUACCAAAAACCAUACUAUUGUUCAUUGCUGUUACCGCUGCAGCAGCUGCUGCUGAUAUCCUGUCCGCCGAAGAGUCCUUUUUGG